CAAAGUUAUCACAAGCUUGAGAUUAAAUACCAAAUCCUUCAACACCAAUACAACAAGCUUGAGGAAGCUUUUAUCAAUGAGAAGAAGUGCCAUCAACGUGGCAAGCCUUUCCUACUUGAGAAACCUGAGGAUUGGCAUGGUGGUGCUGUUUUUUACUCUCCUACCAAGAAGAAACAAGCUCUUAAAGAAGAAAGAGUGCACGAGAGGUUACCAGCGUGGGAACUGAAGGUGCAAGCAAGGGAGGCCAAGGCCUUUGAGCGAGCUGAGAAGCAGCUCCAAAAGCAGCUUGAAAAGCAACUUAAAAUUGAUAUACAAUUAUCUAAAAGGGGUAACCGACAGAGCCUUAAUCCUCGUACACCACAAAAAUGA